AUGCCUGCGAGAUGGGUUCAAGUAGAGACGGGAAAGGAAUGGAAGCUUGGUGCAGCCUUCAGGCUUCAGCGCUGGCAGGAUCUUAAGGACUGGGAGAGAAGUGUAGAGUAUCUCAGGAGUUUUGUGGAGACGUACCUUCUACUCAUGGCUAAGGUUUUCGAAUUCACCGCGAACUAUGUGAUCAUUAAUUGGAUGAGGUUCCUUAUAGGUGUUUCUUCAAUAGUCGUAAUAUUCCUACUCUCGUUCGUUGCUUCGUGCGUCGAGCUGAUCUACCUGCUCGGGCCUUUGGCCUGUGCAGCGAUAUCGUCAUUGCGCAUAGCAAAGCUCAAUCACGGUUAUCAAAGGGAUGGGACUGACAGCAUGACAGACAUGAUGGCAACACUGAACAUAUUCUAUUCUCUUGUUAUUUUCCAAGGCACCAUGUUCCUGUUAUUGCUCUUUUGUAUAACCAUGGGCGAGACAGUCAUUGCAAGCCACCUCCUUGCACUAGAGCAACUGCCAGAGAAGUGGGGCCAUGUUGCCAUCGCCAGGUACAUUUCUGAUGUCAGCGCGAAAUGCAGGAAGGAUCCUCUAUCCAUUAAGGGCAGGGACCUGAUCAAGUACGGCGCUGAGUUGCUGGAUUCUGAAUCCCAGGAGGACUACCUGUAUGGUGCAAGGCUACUCAGCGCCUUCGUUAACAAGGGGGAAGAUGUGAGCUGGGUGCUGCUUCCCUCGAGACACAGGAUUCAGAGACUGAUAGACUCACUUAUGAUAAGCAGCAGCACCCUAGAUGAAGCCUGUGUUAAAUUAAUGUCUCGCCCCAAUAGAUGCUUUGCCGUGAUCGGCGGCCUAAAUGAUAAAAAGGAGAUUAGAGAGCUCGCGGCGACGAUCGUGGCCGAUGUUGCUGCCCACAUAGAUGACUUAUCCAAGUACCCUGGGGCUAUGCGGUGCAUCUCCUCCCUGCUCCAAGACCAAGAGGAGACCACCCAGACGUAUCGGAAUCGGAACAGCAAACAAGUCCCUGAUGAUCCACCCCAGCAUCAGCGACCAACAGUACCAUUGAAAAAAGGAGAGCAUUACCAAGAGAUAGUGAUAAGAGAAGAGGAACCGCACAUACAACUCAUGAGACACCAGAAGAGAAUGAAGAUAAGGGAACACAGACACCGGCACAAGAGGGAAGGAGGUACAAGCAACGAGCUGGUUCAGCAAGGCUUGACCAUCCUCGAGUUGCUGGCGUCCAACAGCGACUACAACCGCAGGAUUAUAUGCGGGGCCCCCGAGCUCCUUCCUAAAAUCACAGCACCCGUCUACUCGGCGACCUUAAUUCAGGAUGUCAAAACCAAGGCUUGGGCAGACAUUGUAACCAGAUGCCUCAAAGUGCUGUACCAGCUCAUCCGCGCUCCAGGCCGGCCUAGCAGGAGGAUGCGCCGUCAAAUCUUCUCAAAGCAUCAAGCACUGAGCAACCUGAAGAAAAUUCUUCUUGAACUGGGCAAUGAUGAAGCUGACCACCAAGAACUGCAGCUGGUUGCCAUGGAGAUCCUCACAGAACUGGCACUGGAUUUGUCUACCAACCUCUCCGAGGAAAUUAAAGAAGUACUCGUCACAAAUCAGCUGCAACUCUUCCUGCUUGCUAAUGGAGAUGGUGCCGCCAUGGCUGGGAGGACACUGGUAUCCCUGUCAACUAACAGUGAAAGCAACUCUGCCCUCAUCAUGACCACGCAAGAUGGCAUUAUUGGUCGUCUCACUGAAAUACUUGAUGAUAAGAAGAACGUCACGCAGAGAACAAUAGCAGCAGAGAUAAUGGCGAACCUGUGUGCUCACUGUAAUGUGGACAAUACUAUGAAGGAAAUACUGCUGCCAAAGAUAGCCUUUCAUAAUGAGAACAAUGCAGGAAGUGUGGAGCGACGACGUGAAAUAUUUGUGUAUAAGCUCAAGACCAUAAUAGACGACAACCGUCAUGCAACAGCAGACAGUCUGAGAAUUGUGAAGCUUUGUGGUCAGAUUGCUGAAUCAGUGAUGCGCUGCGAACAGUAUGUGGAAAUCUUUAGAAACAAGGGAUUUAAGAGUUCACUAUCUGAAGCUUCGAAAACCAUGUCCGAACUUGAAAGCUGCAUGCUUUUCGUUGGGACUGAUUUUGGACUCAACAAGACUGUCAGGCCGCUCUUUUCCGAAAUUGAGGAGACUUGGUCAGAGAUGUAG